AUGUCAACAAUAUCAGAGUCUGCCGAUACGAUGGCACAUCUUCCCUUGGACCAAAACGAUGCCUCAAGCCAUGUGGCAUCAAGUGAGCAGAAGCAGGUUCAAAAGCCAAAGAAGGGCAGAUCAACUCUAGUCGAGCCAGAUGAGGACGUCACCCCCUCAGUGAAGGUUCAAAAGCAAAAACAGAGCCAAUCAAGUCCAGUCGAGCCAGAUGAGAAUAGCACCCCGUCAGUGGAGGUUCAAAAGCCAAAACAGGGUGGAUCAACUUUGGUCAAGCUAGAUGAGAAUGGCACUCUGGUGGAGGAAGAUGAAGCAGGGCCCGAGUGGAGCGAUAAUUCGAUGACCAUCGAUGACCAGAAGCGUCUUUCUCGGCCGAUACGUAAGACCAGGUCCGCCACCAUGGAAAUCCUGCAACCUACAGCAGCUGCCGCGGAGAGGAGGAAAUCCCGAUCGCAAUCUCAUAGUCGAGCUAGAUCAGUAUACUCGGCCAAUAAGAAGCAACAACAGGUGCAGCCGAAGCAGCGAGCGGUUCGGUCCAGCGUAGUCGACGAGGACGAGAAGGGGGGGCAUGAUGCAAAUUCAAUCUUGCUACAAGUCAUUCGCUACCUCUACGACAUCCUGGGCCGAUCCCUCAACCUGGUCAAGGUGCCGCUCGCCAUGCUGAUAACCCUGCUAAUCCUACUUGUGGUCUUGACCAUGCUUUCUGCAACGAUUACUGACCUGUUUUGCUCCAUUCCCGGCUUAAGUCUGGUCUGCUGGUUCUCUGGCCCGCAAGUCGGCGCUUCUUGGAAAUGCUACCUCCCAGGCUCCAGUCGAUUUUUCCUAGAAUGUCGACCACCGGGCGCGGCCCAAGGCACGCGGGAGGUCACCCGAUUGCUGAAUGUGCACGAUGAGCUUAACAAUAUUCAAGAGACCAUGGUCGGUCAUCUCUCCCUACCUUUAUUGAUCAAACGCUCUGAGACUGUGAUGCGAGAAGUCUCAAUACGCGUGGAAUUGAGCGAUAUACCAUCUAGAUCUGUGCUGGUGCCACUCUUUACCGACUUCUGGCAAGAAGCGCGUGAGAGAGGCCAAGACGUGGACAAAUUCUUCUUACAUAUAGAUCGCGCACACGAUUUGGCUAUGGGAGUCGUGGCGAGGACGGAGCGGCGUCUAGAACACAUCCAAUGGCUGGAAGAGCAAGAGCGCACUCAGCCCUUUAUAUACCGCGUGCUGUCCGUGCUUCAACCCGAGCCGCCUUCGCCGUUCGUCCUUGUGCGAGAAGAAUACCUUGGACAUCUUGACGAUCUUAAACAUCACGUGGAUCAACUCAUUCUUGAGAACAAAGUAGUAUUAGAAUGGUUGGAAGGUAUCAAGGACAAACUUUUCGUAAUGGGUGACCACAUCACCAAGGAUAACCGACAACUACACGAUUCCCAGCUAAACCUGAAGACGGGUUUCUUUAAUAAGGUCCGCCCGGACACGCGUGCGCUCCGGAAGAUCCGGUCCGCGCUAGCCGCGUUAGAUGAGGUGGAUUCAGUGCGCAAGUACGGAGUUGCAGUGUUCGACGCGAGCCUCGUACGGUUACAGAGGAUCAGUGCAGAGCUCGGUGAUCUACAAGGACGUAUUGUUGCGAAAGAGGAGGCGGUCGAGGAAGCCAAGGAGAUUGCCUCGCUCGAGCUCCAGAUAUCCAUGGUCAGAAAAAGCUUGAACCGAAUGCAGGAGCAUAAAGUAAAGACAAAGAAGGUGAAGGAGAAGUUUCGGGAAGAGUUGCAAAAGCAACUCGACGAAAUCUUCAAUAAAGUGCCAGAAAAAAUUCACAGACUCGCGACAGACCCACUUUAA